UUCAUACGAUUGAUCGAAGCCAUAUUCCUUUUAUAUUUUACAUACAGUGAGACUGUAAUCUGUCAUUGAAUAUGAGUUUUCUUGUAUUUACAGUUACUAGACCAGACGAUAAUUCUAAACUACCUAACCCUGUUAACAUAUCAUUGAAACUACUUUUUUUACCGGCACUAGCCCAAAUACAAAUCAUCUUAACGAUAUUGGCUACCAAAUUGUAAAUAUAAAGCGAAUGAACAUGCAGAAUGCAGUUUACCCGCUCAUUGUUACAGAAAGGUGAGAAGCAAAAUGUCUUCCAGAAUAGUGGCAAAGGACCAUAAAAUUGAUUGCUUCAAAACAGCUGACACCAAAUGGAAGAGACCAUUCUACUUUGUCCAAGGUGCUGAUUUACAGAUGGGAAUGAUUCAAAGUUACCUGGAAAAGAACCCAGUACCUGGGUGGAAGAAGGAGAUAGAAUUAGGAGAGAGAGCAGUUGCCAUAGUGAAUCAGAUGAGGCCAAGGCCGAAGUUUUUUGUGAUUUGUGGAGACUUGUGUGAUGCUUUUCCUGAUGGACAGCAAGAAAUUCGUCAAAAGCAGGAAGCAGACUUCAAAAAAAUAUUUGAAAAACUGGAUCCAGAAAUACCAUUUAUUUGCUUGAGUGGUAACCAUGAUGUAGGCAACCGCCCAACUGCAAAAACAAUCAAUUUGUACAAGUCCUCCUUUGGUGAUGACUACUUUUCAUUUUUGUGUGAUGGUGUGCAGUUCCUAGCACUCAACUCCCAGUACUUUGAGGAUGCCUCAGAGGUCCCAGAUCUGGCUCAGGAGCAUGAAAAAUGGCUGAAUGAAGAAUUGGAAUGUGCUAAGCAGGCAGGAUCCCGUGUAAUUGUGUUCCAGCAUAUCCCGUGGUUCUUGAAUGACCCUGAUGAGGAGUCAAACUAUUUUACCAUAAAACCAAAUAUUCGAAAAGUCUGGUUGGAGAAAUUCAGGAAUUCAGGGGUGGUACAUGUGUUUGCUGGUCAUUUACACCGCAAUGCAGGUGGUUCAUACAAGGGGAUGCCUGUUACUGUUACAACUGCCAUGGGAGCACAGUUGGGUGAUGAUAUGCCUGGCCUUCGUAUUGUCAGAGUCUUGGAGAACAAAGUUGAACAGAACUUCUAUUCUCUAAACAAUCUUCCCACAACCAUCGACCUGUAGAGAACCUCUUGGUAGUAGUUUGAUGCCAUAACACUAUGCCAAGAAGCACAGACCAUGUACGCAACGGACCAAGAAGAAAUGCCAUUGUACCAUAUGCAAGCCAGAAAGAAUAUGCAAAUGCCAUUUGGAGAGUGAGAACAACAACGAAGGGUAGGUGCUGACACAGGCGAUCCAAGAAGGAAGAAGACUUCCCUGUAAGGUGGGACCUAUACCUGUC